GGACCGUGGCAAAAUAAUGAUUUUACGGAUUGCUUUAGAGAAGUUGUGGUCGAUGCUGGAGUUUUAUCACUAUAUUCAAUUGUUUCCCUAUGUAUUUUCAUAACUGCUUAUCUUAAAUUGAGGCGACAUAAUGGAUCAGACCAUGAACGUUUAUUUAACAGUCAAUUUAAUUCAAAUUACGGCUCUAUUGAACGAUCCGGACUGAUCAAUGACAACGAGACAUAUUUGGAUAUUUCUGAUGAUAAUUCUGACUAUUUUGAUGAUGUCAGUAAUCAAACUUCUAAAAAUAUGCUCUUCGAUGAACAAACACGGAAAUUAUUGGCUUGUAAUUCCUAUAUUGGAAGCCAUCAUAUGGCGGUGUUUAACAUCGUUUCACAGCAACGUAGUGUUCUUCAUACCCGUGGACACUUAAAUAUUCUAUACUUUCUUUCUUUAGUUUCUUCAAUAAUAGAUAUUCAUUCACUUUAUUUGAAGCUUGGUACAGAUUUCAACUCAGAAUAUUAUCUCAAGUUAUGGAUUCUUACUUUCUCAUUUAUCUUGGUUUGUUUUUCAAUAUUGGAACCACAAGAUGAUAUUGAAUUACUUUCAAAACCAAAUGCUGAGGGCCGUUACGUUUCCCCUGAGGUGAAAUGCUCUUUAUACGAUAAAAUCACAUAUUCGUGGGUUAAUCCGUUAAUCAGCAGGGGCUUUCGAUCUACCCUUGAGGACAAAGAUAUUUUUGAGUUACCUAGUUUUGCCAGAGCCAAAAAUAUAUUGAAAACCUUUCAUUCUUCUAAAAAGCCUUCUAUCAUCAAGUCUUUAUUAUUUGCAUUUCGAAAAGAGCUUUUUAUUCAAUUUAUUUAUUCAAUAUCACAUGUGACGGCUUAUUCAUAUGCAUUUGGAUUAUUUUUGGGAUUAGUGGUGCCAAGUUUGUGUAUGCAACAAUCAUUAUAUAUUGGCCGUCACUUGAGCGUAAAGUGUGAGGCAAUAAUCAUUGGUGAAGUAUACCUGAAGUCCCUAUCCCGAAAAGAUACAUCAGGCGUUGUUGAAAAUGAUGAAUCUAAAAAUAAAAUUGGAAAGAUAACUAAUCUUAUGGCCGUUGACGCUAAAGAAGUCUCGGAAUUUUUUGCCUACAUUUUUCAGUUGCCAUCCUUUAUUCAACGGAGAUUUAAAACUAUUCAAAGCCGUCUUAUGACCGCAACUGAUAAGCGAAUGGGUGUAAUUAACGAGUUGCUACAAGCCAUUCAUAUCAUUAAAUUUUUUGCAUGGGAAGACCACUUUCGCGCAAAGGUUAUGAACGCUCGUGAUAACGAGUUAAAAGAAAUCAAAAAUCGGUUAAUGGAAUGGGUUUAUAUGAAUAGUCUUUGGACGACUUUACCUCUUAUAAUCAUGAUUACUGUGUUUAUUACAUAUACAAAAUUUCUAGGCAACGAUUUGUCUGCUCCUGUUGCAUUUACCGCCCUUGCACUAUUUAAUAAUCUUAGCAAUGCCUUUAACAUGAUGCCAUUUGUAGUUACUUACCUUAUUCAGGCUUGUGUUUCAAUUUCUCGUAUUGAAAAGUUUUUAAACGAACCAGAACUUAAUCACAAAAAUUCUAUCCAAAGUAUUAAUGAUCCCUAUAUUGGAUUUAAAAACGCAACUUUACGGUGGCUAGAUGGCGAAGAUUCCAUAGAUAAUUCUUCCGUUUCUGUAAACUUAAGCACACAAAAUCCAUCGAAUAAAUUCACUUUAAUAAAUUUAAAUGUAUCUUUUCCUAUUAACGAAUUGUCAAUAAUCUGCGGUCCUACGGAAUCUUGGAAUGAAUUGGGUGGUGCGCCGAGUGGUAUUGCUUAUGUUUCUCAAACAGCGUGGCUCCAGAAUGCUUCUAUUAGAGAUAAUAUUCUAUUUGGACUUCCAUUUAGUUACGAAAUUUAUUCAGAGGUUAUACGUGUUUGCGCCCUCGAUAAAGAUUUGGAGAUUCUUGAAGCUGGGGAUAAAACAGAAAUUGGCGAAAAAGGAAUAACGCUUAGUGGUGGUCAAAAACAACCUGUUGAUUCGCACACCGCUAAACAUAUAUUUGAACAAUGUUUGAUGGGCGAUUUGAUGAAAAACCGUACCCGUAUUCUUGUUACACAUCACGUAGGAUUAUGUCUUCGUGGUGCUGCUAAAGUUGUAAUUAUGAAAGAUGGUCAAAUAUCGGCUGAAGGAUCCGUAAAAGAAAUUUUGGCUACAGGGCUGUUGGAUGGCGUGACUUGCGAAGAUGAAGAAUUAAGGACCUCUGUUGAGGAUGUUAUGGAUGCGAAAUAUCAAGGAAGCAAUAAAAAUAUUCGUGAAGGCGAUGGACGACUGACUUCUGAGGAAACAAGAGCUGUUGGUAUGGUUGGAUGGAAGUACUACAAACUCUAUUUGGUAGCAUCUGGCGGAUUUUGGCAAUGGUUGUUAUUACUUCUUUUGUUUGUAUUGGAAAAGAUUAUUAACGUCGGAGAAGAUUGGUGGAUUCGAGAAUGGACCGAUGCUUAUAACAAUAUCUCUAAUCAAAUCUGGAGUUUCGCUUCUCUUUUGCUAGAUAAAUUGUGCCGCACUACAAACAAUUUGGCAUUAUCAAACAUAUUAGAAGAGACCCUAGAACCCAUUAACAUUGACUAUUAUAUUUGGAUUUAUGUAUUAAUUGGAUUGACGCACGCCGCAUUAUCGUCUUUCAAUGUAUACUACAUGUUAAUUGGUUCUCUAAUGGCUUCUAAGAAGUUACAUAGUGAUAUGUUAGAUAAGGUGCUAUCAGCAACACUUAGAUUUUAUGACACAACACCAAUAGGAAGAAUAAUGAAUCGAUUCUCUAAAGAUAUUAAAACAGUUGACCAAAUAUUUUCUAAUAUUGCUCUGGGUUUUCUUCAAUCAUCCAUUGCUACCGCAUCGGUUAUUAUUGUCAUUUCAAUUGUAAUGCCUCAAUUCUUAAUAGCUGGCGCUUUCAUUGCAGCAAUGCUUAUAGUUAUUGGAGCAUAUUAUAUAGCUACUUCAAGAGAUUUAAAACGCCUAGAAUCUGUUAGUAGGUCUCCAAUAUAUGCAGCAUUUGGCGAG